CCAUACUACCUGAAAAAAAAAAAAUCCAAAAAAAAAAAAGGGAGAGAGAGAGAGAGAGGGAGAGAGUUGUAGUUUUUCUUAUUAGUGACCAUGCAUGACAAGGAUACUUAAUUUCUCUAGCUAGUGUUAGACAUGGAAGUAGAAGAUGAUGUCUUCUUUGCAGACCUUAGCAAGCGAAUUUCACUUCUAAUAAUGGACGAUGAAGAUGACAAGGAGUUGACGGCCUCACAUUAUCCCUCAAUGACUCUUCAGGCAUUUUCUCACGUGUGCCAUAGUCCCAUCGCUACACCUUCCAUGCUUGCAUGUGAACAAACCUGUCGGAGAGAAAGCAAGGGCACUGGAGUUUUCAUUCCUAGAUCAACAUUUCCAAGAAGAAAGAUCAGAUCAGGGAGAUCUGCACCGUUCAACACCACCUGUCAACAGCCUCAGAAAUCAAGAGAAGUGUCCCAUGCAACUAACAAUCCUGAUAUCUCUCGUAACUAUUGUAACUCUAGGGUGUUAAGGAGACAUGAUUAGGCGUUAAUCAGUAAUUAGUUUCUCUAAUUAAAAGGUCUCUCUGGGGACAAGGUUUUCUUUC